AUGUUCCCAAAAUUACUUUGCAUAAUUCUGCUGCUACUUCUUAUGGGUCUAUUCUUGCUACCUUUCAUCAAAACCAAAUCCUCAUCAUUGUCACUUCCACCACAAGAAGUAUUGAUCGAACGAGCCGCUCUCUCCGUUCAAAGUUUCCUCUCCAAAUUCUACGAUCCUCAACAUCAGUAUUUUCGGGAUCACUAUACGUUCUUGAAUCAACCAUCUUCUUCAUCAUCAGGACUCACUGCAUAUUGGACCUUUGCACAGGGAUUUAAUGCCAUUGUCGAUAACGCACUUCGAGUGUCUCAAAAUUUCACAAGUCGAAAUCGCACAGAUCUCACUUUCCCGCAAUAUGUGAAAUUAAUUUCCGACUUGUAUACAGGUCAAGAUAAAAUUGGAUGGGAACGACCCUACAUUGAUGACAUGAAUUGGAUGGCAUUGACAUUAUUUUGGUCGUAUCAACUCACUAGAAAUCAAACCUAUUUUGAACGUUGUUUGUAUUUGUAUUCGAAAAUUGUUGUGAAUUGGGAUGUCACAUGUUGUGGCACCAUGAAAGGAGGAAUUUGGUGGGACUAUGAACAUUCUCAGAAAGCAACAGCCUCUAAUGCUGGUCCUGCUUUAUUGGCCUCACUUCUUUAUCAAGAAACUCAAGAAGAACAUUAUUUGGAAUUUUCACAACAAGUAUUUUCAUUUUGGUUUGAGAAUAUGGUCCUUAAGAAUGGAGAACACAUGUACUCGGUGUGUGAUCACAUCUCAGCUCAAAAUGGAUUCAAAGAAUGUCAAUGGAGAUUUACUUAUAAUGAAGGACUCAUGAUUGGAGCUGCCACAAAUUUAUACAAAGUGACACGAAAUGAAACUUAUUUACAAAUUGCCAUGAAAAUUGCAAACUUUAUGAUCACUCAUGAAGUGAUUGAUACCAAAUCGUCGAUGAUUGACAAUGGACCUAUUUUAUUUGAUGGAAAUAACUGUGAGAGUGAUUGUAUGCAAUUUAAGGGUAUUGGAUUUCGAUAUUUACAAUUUUUAUUCACCACGCAACUCAACGACUUUACAAAGAAGAGUGACAACUCUUUAUCAAAAAUUCAAAACGUGUUGCAGAAUUCUGUACAAAGUUUGUGGGAAUCGGCUCGAACGAAAGAAUUGAACCUAUUUUCGGUGCAGUGGCAAGGUCCUCCCCAAGAUCUAAAUUCCAAAUUUUAUCAAGCUCAAGUGAAUAGUGCAGUGAUGGCUCUCUCACUUUCUGUGAUUCAACAAUUGUGA